AUAUUGACAUUGAUUUCGAUAGUUUGUGCGGAUUUUGAUAUCAAAGAUUAUAAAGAUGUAAUAAAUUCACGAAACUUUACGGGAAAAGUAGUUUUGGUGACCGGAAGUAGUUCUGGAAUCGGGGAGGGGAUCACUAAACUGUUCUCUAUAUUAGGGGCCAAUGUUGUGGUCACCGGUAGGAAAGUCGAUGACGUCCAGAGAGUUGCAAAAGAGGUUCAGGAAUUAUCGCCAAAGAAAUUAAAGCCAUUAGAAAUGGUCGGAGAUGUCACCAAAACUGAAGUCAUAAACACUUUGAUCACAAAUACUAUCAAAACCUUUGGAAAGUUAGAUGUUUUGGUGAACAACGCCGGUAUAUAUCCGACGACAAACAUCACCCAAAAAGAUUUAAUGCAAGCCUGGGAUCAGGUCUUCAGCAUUGACUUGAGAGCAGUCGUCGAACUGAUCCACGAAUCGGUUCCACAUUUGGAGAAAACUAACGGCACUAUCAUUGAUAUCUCGAGUGUCGGCGCCAUUGCUCCGUAUACCCUAAACCUUGCUUAUGGACCGGCAAAAGCCGGCUUAGAUAUGAUGACUCGAAUACUGGCCCUCGAAUUGGGACCCAAAGGCAUUCGUGUCAACACUUUGAACCCUGGGCCUACACAAACGACAGAUAAAGUGGAUCCUUUAUAUGACUUGAUCAAGAAAAUAACACCAUUGAGACGUGUGGGACAACCAUUAGAUAUCGCCAAAGCCGUGGUAUUCCUGGCCUCAAGUGAUGCCUCAUUCAUAACCGGCGCUAAUCUGGUG